UCUCUCUCUCUCUCUCUUCUCUUCUCUUCCUCAGUGAAGAGAGAGAAGUAAGGCAGCGGUGAGGUGGAGAAACCCUGAGAUUGAGUUCAAGGAACCCGUCCUUGAAGCUUCCGUUUGGCUAGCUCCGAGUCAUCUUGAUGGUUUGCUGACAUUCUGAUUCUGUCGUGGUCAGUGACGCAGAUUGCAGGAACUUUCCCCCUUUUCUGGAGCUACGAUUUCUACUCCUUGGAGUGUUUUUUUUUUUAAUCUAAAGAUGGAAAUAUGGGAAGCUGCAGACUCGGAAGGUUUCGUAGAUCGCGGUCGUGUUGGUUGGGAUGAACUAUUCCGUACAUUUUCUUUUCUCUGACCAAUAAUUGAUCUUUUGCACAAAGUAAAAUCAUGAUGUGCAGAAAUGGUUCAGACCUUGUCUGUACUGCUUUGACUUGGAGAUGGAAAAUAACAGCUCUGAUUGUUCUAAUCAGUGCUUUUCUUGGGGGUUUAGGUCCCUGGAAAGAAGAGAAAGGAGAGUUUGCUGUCCAGUUUCAGUUUUGUAACGAUCGCCUUUGUGACUGUCGAGGCAAAAAGGACAUAUGCACCGCCGAGUCUUCGUCGGAGACUGGUAGGAGGUACUCUUGAUUCAUAGUCUGGGAGAAAAUGAGAUCGCAGUGAAUCUGCGAUUGUUUUUUAUACAGGUAGAAAAAGUCCCAAACUUUGGGGUUAUAGGGACCAUUUACUUGGUCUGGAGAUAGGUGGUGUGACAUUAGGAGCUCACUUGGGAUGGAUGAAAUUUCUGAGUUGGAAAUGUCGCCGCCGGAGCUCUCUUCUGCUGACAAGCAACUGGGUUUGCGCACAAGCAGCUUGAGAAAUGGUCUAUCCACUCAAAAUUUGGAUGCUCCUUUAAUUGAAUCACUGAAAGAGGGAGAUAGGUUCGGAGAGCAGAAUGAAUUAGCACCUGAGGUUGAUAGCUUCAUGAGUGUGGGCUCCUUCAAAGAAGGCGGAAGAAGUUCUUUUCAUGGUGCAAGUCAUCCCCCGGAGCCCUUAGAUAGUGAUAUCGUGAAGAAGGUUUAUGUGGUGUUAGAUCAAGUCAAGUCUGAUAGAGGGUGCUUAAUGAGAGGCCUCUCUGUAAAAGGUCCUCUUGUAGAAGGACUUUCUAUUCAGGUCCCUGCGAAUGCAGCUCGUCUAUCACGAAAUCAAAGCUUCCCUGAUGAUCCAAAUGAGCCAGGUGCUGUAUCUUCUCCAUUUUCUGCUUCACUUGCAUCACGGUCGACAGAGAAAACAUUCUUACCACCAGGCUCUGAGGAAAAGGAGUGCGUUUGGGAUGCUUCCCUCCCCCCAAGCGGCAAUGUCAGUCCUCACAGUAGCAUUGACAGCACUGGCAUGGUAACUGCAAUGAGCAUAGUGAACAGCUGCACUACUAGUGAUGGUAUGCUUAGCAUGGAAAGGGCUUCUGAGAGUGCAAAGGGAAGUGUGAUGAUGGACUCCCUUGAAAGUACUAAAUCUAGCGACAGUGGAGUAAGUGAUAUCAGUGGUCUUAGUGAUGAUAGCAUCUGGAGUAACCUUCCUGGAAGUGCUAACAAGCCUCACAAGGGAAAUGACCCUAGAUGGAAGGCUAUUCUUGCGGUCCGGACUCGGGAUGGUAAUCUGGGUAUGAGCCACUUUCGACUGCUCAAGCUGCUUGGAUGUGGUGAUAUCGGUAGCGUUUAUCUGUCAGAAUUAUGUGGCACGAGGUGCUAUUUUGCUAUGAAGGUGAUGGACAAGGCUUCUCUUGCAAGCAGGAAGAAGGUGACAAGGGCUAAAACAGAAAGGGAGAUUCUCCAGCUUCUGGAUCACCCGUUCUUACCAACUCUGUAUACGCAUUUUGAGACUGAUAGGUUUUCAUGCUUGGUGAUGGAAUUCUGCCCUGGUGGUGCUUUGCAUACAUUGAGGCAACGACAGCCAGGAAAGCACUUUUCUGAGUGUGCAGCAAGAUUUUAUGCUGCAGAAGUACUACUCGCCCUUGAAUAUCUGCACAUGCUAGGAGUCAUAUACAGAGAUCUGAAACCAGAAAAUGUGCUUGUUCGUGACGAUGGACACAUUAUGCUUUCUGAUUUUGAUCUCUCUUUAAGGUGUGCUGUUUCGCCAACUCUCAUGAAAAUGUCAUCACUCGACUCAGAUCCUUUUAAACGAGAGACUGGUGCAUUUUGUGUUAAGCCAACCUGCAUUGAGCCUUCGUCAGUUUGCGUUCAGCCUGCUUGUUUCAUUCCAAGACUCUUCCCUUGGAGAAAUAAGAAAAGGGAAAGGAAACCAUGGGCUGAGAUACCAAGACAACAGGCAGCCACCCUGCCUGAGCUUGUCGUUGAGCCAACAACUGCUCGAUCGAUGUCCUUUGUUGGCACCCAUGAGUAUUUAGCCCCAGAAAUUAUCAAAGGUGAGGGCCAUGGAAGUGCUGUAGACUGGUGGACCUUUGGCAUAUUCCUGCACGAGCUUCUUUAUGGCCGGACGCCUUUCAAGGGCUCAGGCAACCGGGCGACAUUGUUCAAUGUGAUAGGCCAGCAGCUUAGAUUCCCGGAAACUCCAUCAACCAGUAACGCAAGCCAAGAUUUGAUAAGAGGGCUCCUGGCUAAGGAUCCUCAGCAUCGUCUGGGCAUGAAACGGGGAGCCACCGAGAUAAAGCAGCAUCCCUUCUUUGAAGGCGUGAACUGGGCACUUAUUCGAUGCAGUAUGCCGCCUGAGGUGCCACGGCCGGUCGAGGUGGUCGAGCUGCCACCAAAAUUUGGAGUCGCAGAAGGAUUCAAAGCUAGUAGCAAAAGGAUUGUAGGGGCAGAUGUGAAGUGUGGAGGCAAGUAUGUAGACUUUGAGUUCUUUUAGACGGUAGCUCAUCGUUUGAUGUUUGCAUCGCGUGGCAUAUUUUUGAACCCAUCGAAUGUUGACGUGAUCAUAAUGAUAUAUUCAAUUAGCAAAAGCUUCUCAUGUGGCUGCUGAUCAAGAUUUUAAAUAGAGAGGAGCAUUCUCCAUAGUUUAUUA